UUUAACGCAUGAAUGAAAAGAUAAGGCAGAUAUAAGAUAUCUUUUUACAUUUUGUGUAUUUUUCGAUAUACAUUUUUAAUGCAAAGCCAUUUACAGUGCAUUGCGGAGCAGCGAUCCAUGACUCACCCAGCCUCCUGUUUUCAUAAUGGAGGAAGUGACCUCUGAUUUCAGGAAUGAGAAAAAGACAGCAUCAUUCCCAAAACCCAGCGUAGUGUCUAUGAAGAGUAACAACUCCAUGAAAAAGCCACCUGAUCUCAGGAAUGAGAAAAAGACAGCAUCCCCAGAAUCCAGUUUUGUGUCUAUGAAGAGUAACAACUCCAUGAUAAAGCCACCUGAUCUCAGUAUGGACAAGGCCAAUUUGCUUCAGUUACGUCCACGAUGUGAGCAGCAGGUUCUGGCAGAUCCAGUCUCCAUCAUCUGUGUAAAAAGAUUUUGUAGGAAGUGCAACCGGUUUGGGGAAAAAUCAAGUCAUUCAGAAGACUUCAGCUGUCCUCAGUGCAGAAAGCGAUUUAAAACACGUCCCGUUCUACAGCCAUACAGGAUUACAGCAGAACCUGGUUCUGCCCAGUGCUCCGUCAAAUCAGACACUGUAAACCCUCAGCAGGAUUCUCACCAACCACUGGAUGAUGUUUUGCAUAGAGUCAAAAAUCAACACAAAAAUAGAAUGAAGAUUAAAUAUGAGAGUUUUUUUGAGGGAAUCAAACUACAAGAGAAUCAAACUAUCCUGAAUAGGAUUUACACACAGCUGUACAUCAUAGAUGGAGAGAGUGAAGGGGUGAAUGAAGAACAUGAGGUUUUACAUAUGGAGAAAAACAACAAAACAAAAGACACUCAGAUAUUCUGCAAUGACAUCUUUAAACUCUUACCUGAAUCAGGACGUGAGGAAAAGACGGACCAAAUCAAGAGCGUCCUUACUAAAGGCAUCGCUGGAAUUGGGAAAACUGUCUCCGUGCAGAAGUUCAUUUUGGAUUGGGCAGAGAAAGAAGCCAAUCAGGAUGUAGAUUUCAUGUUUGUGCUUCCAUUUCGAGAGCUGAACUUGAUUCAAUAUAAUCAGUACAGUCUUCACAAACUUCUGCUCGACUUUCAUCCUGAACUUCAAGAUCUAGACGCAAAGAUUUAUGAUGAGUGUAAAGUUGUGUUCAUCUUCGAUGGUCUGGAUGAAAGCAGACUAACCCUGAAUUUUGCAGGCCGUAAAAAAAUUUCUGAUGUGACUGAGACUUCAUCAUUGGGUGUGUUGAUGUCAAACCUGUUCAGAGGAGAUCUGCUUCCCUCCGCUCAAAUCUGGAUCACCUCCAGGCCAGCGGCAGCCAAUCAGAUUCCCUCGAAAUACAUCAACCGUGUGACAGAAAUCCAGGGAUUCAAUGAUCCUCAGAAGGAGGAAUAUUUCAGGAAGAGAAUCAGUGAUGAAGUUCAAGCCAGAAGAAUCAUCUCACACAUUAAAGGAGUGAAAAGUCUUCACAUCAUGUGUCACAUACCCGUCUUCUGCUGGAUCUCAUCUACCGUACUUCAAAACAUCCUGGAACGUGAUGCAGAAAUACCCAAAACUCUGACUGAAAUGUACAUACACUUCCUUCUUAUUCAGAUGAACAUAAAGAACCAGAAGUAUGAAGAGAAAGAUGAGAAAGAUCCAGAGGCACUUUUGCAGUCAAACAGAGAAGUGCUUGUAAAACUUGCUGAAUUGGCUUUCAGACAGCUAAUGAAGGGUAACGUGAUGUUUUAUGAGGAGGACCUAAAAGAGUGCGGCAUAGAUCUCACCGAGGCCUCUGUGUAUUCUGGGAUCUGCACUGAGAUCUUCAAAGAGGAACCUCUUAUUUUUCAGAGGAGAGUUUAUUGCUUCGUACAUCUGAGCUUUCAGGAGUUUUUUGCUGCAUGUUUUGUGUUUUUCUCCUAUUUAAAGAAGGACUCUGAUGUUAUGAAAAUGUUUCUGAGAGGAAAGUACAAAACUGGAUGUAAGAGAGUUCCCCUGGAUGUGUUUCUGAAAGGAGCAGUAAAUAAAGCCUCAAAGAACAAAAACAGAAACCUGGAUCUUUUCCUCCGAUUUCUUCUUGGCAUCUCACUGGAGUCCAAUCAGAGACUUUUAUGGGGUCUGUUGUUGACAAACAUUGAGGAAAGCUCAAAAAGCCUUGAGAAAGUGAUUCAAAACCUCAAAUGUGUUCAAAAGCAUAACCUCAGCCCCGAAAGAUGGAUAAAUCUGUCGCAGUGUUUGCUUGAAAUGAAAGACGAUUCUGUUUCAGAAGAAAUUCUGACUUUUUUACAGUCUUACACAAAUAAAAACCUCUCUCUUGGACAAUGUUCAACCUUGGCAAAUAUGAUCCAGUUGUCAGAGAAGUGGCUGGAUGAGCUCGACAUUACAAAGUUCAAGAUAAGAUCUGUGGAUUGUCGUGAGAGGCUCAUACCUGCUGUGUGGAACUGCAGAAAAGCUAUAUUUUGGAGCUGUCAGUUUACUAGCAGGUGUUGUGAAGUCUUCAGAUCGGCUUUACAAUCAUUCAACUCUUCACUGAGAGAGCUGGACCUGAGUGACAAUGACCUGCAGGAUUCAGGAGUCAAGCUCAUCUCUGAUGGACUGAAGAGUUCAAACUGUCAACUGGAGAUAUUGAGACUUUCUGGCUGUAUGGUGACAGAUGAAGGUUGCAGUUAUCUGGCUUCAGCUCUGACUUCAAACCCAUCACACCUGAGAGAGUUGGAUCUGAGCUUUAAUCAUCUCGAAGACUUAGGCUAUAAACUGCUCUCUGAUAGACUGAAUGAUCCAAACUGCGCACUGAGAACACUCAAUGUCGAUCAUGGGGGAACGAUCAGGAUUACACCAGGGCCACGAAAAUAUGCCUGUUAUCUCACACUGGAUCCAAACACAGCACACACGUAUCUCAAACUGUCUGAGAACAACAGAAUGGUGAAAUAUGUGAGAGAAGAACAGGAGUACCCUUAUAACCCGGAAAGAUUAGAUUUUAAGCCUCAGGUGUUGUGUAGGGAAAGCCUGACUGGACGCUGUUACUGGGAGGCUAAAUGGAGCGGAGAGGCCGAUAUAUCCGUGGCUUACAAGGGAAUCGAUGGGAAAAGGGAGAGUGACAGUGAGUUUGGACACAAUGCUGAGUCCUGGAGUCUACAAUGUUCUGAUGGCAGAUUUGUUGCCUGGCACAAUAAUAAAAGAAAUAAAAUAGAUGUUUGUUUAAACUCCAUUGACAGAGUAGGAGUUUAUCUGGACUGUCUGGCGGGAACUUUGUCCUUCUACAGCGUCUCUGACACCCAAACCCUAACACACUUACACACAUUCAACACUACAUUCACUGAACCUCUCUACGCUGGGAUUGGGCUUUAUCAUCUCACCUCAGUGUCACUUUUGGGGUUUCACACUGACCCAACAGACUCCAACAGACACGCCUUUAGAGAGAGGAAAGAGAAAGAACAGAUGACCAUGGUGGAAACAUUAAAUGAAUUAGCUCAUCUGAGAGACUCUGAGUUUGGUCGUCCUUGGCCCAGACAUGGACUCAAACUCUUGCACUGGUUUGCCGACAAGUGCAUUUCUUUUGAAAACAAUGACAUUUUCUCUGAAUGUGACCCAGCCCAGAGAGAUUAUGGUUUUCACCGUUUCAAGAACAGAUCUGAUAGAUGUGGUAAUAAACUUCUACCAGAAGUAGAUAUCCCAUACUACGUGGUUGGCAAUCUUAAUUCACGAGGAGCUGAUCAACUUCCUAUAUAUGUCUCAGAAGACAACUCCACAUACAGUGAUGACCGCAAUACAGACCGGAUCAUUGUCAGCCUUGAUGAAGACUGGAUUGAAAAAGUUUAUGUCACUCAGCACAAUGAUGAAUCGAUGUAUGAUCCAGACGCCACUUACCGGAUUUCCAAAGGCCUGCUCAUGAUCAUCAAGAACAUGAAUUUAAAUGAAUUUCUGUAUAAAACAGGCUAUUUUCAACCAAUCCAGUUUCAAAGACCUGUGCAGCCCGUUUCCCCACUAUUAUUCAGCUAUUACACACCUGCACCUACAACUUUAAAUGUUCCUGUGGUUUCUCCAGCCAAGCUCCCACCAGUAAACCAAAAUGUUUCUGUUCACAUGGAAGCGCCUCCUGCUGCACUGACCAAUGACACCAAAAUCCAGAUAGAUGAAGUUAUUAACACACCUAAACAAAAACAUUCAGAGAAACGCCCUAGCAGCAACUCCAUGAUCCAGCCCCGUUUCAAAAUGGAAGAAGAGACCUUUGAUUUCAGGAAUGAGAAAAAGACAGCAUCAUCCCCAGAACCCAGCUUUGUGUCUAUGAAGAGUAACAACUCCAUGAUUCGGCCACUUGUUUUCAGUGAUGCAAAAGUGACCUCUGAUCACAGUAUGGAGAAGGCCAAUUUACUUCCGUUUAAAUGUCCACUAUGUGAGCAGCAGGUUCUGACAGAUCCAGUCUCCAUCACCUGUGGACACAGUUUUUGUAGGCAGUGCAUCAACCGUUUUUGGGAAAAAUCAAGUCAUUCAGAAGACUUCAGCUGUCCUAAAUGCAGAAAGAGAUUUAAAACACGUCCCGUUCUACAGCCAUACAAGAUAACAGCAGAACCUGGUUCUGCCCAGUGCUCCGUCAAAGUAUGCCUGCCGGAUGACACUGUAGACCCUCAGCAGGAUUCUCACCAACCACUGGAUAAUGUUUUGCAUAGAGUCAAAAAUCAACACAAAAAUAGCAUGAAGAUCAAAUAUGAGAGUUUGUUUGAGGGAAUCAAACUACAAGGGAAUCAAACUCUCCUGAAUAGGAUUUACACACAGCUGUACAUCAUAGAUGGAGAGAGUGAAGGGGUGAAUGAAGAACAUGAGGUUUUACAAAUGGAGAAAAACAACAAAACACAAGACACUCAGAUAUUUUGCAAUGACAUCUUUAAACUCUUAACUGAAUCAGGACGUGAGGAAAAGACGGACAAAAUCAAGAGCGUUCUUACUAAAGGCAUCGCUGGAAUUGGGAAAACUGUCUCCGUGCAGAAGUUCAUUCUGGAUUGGGCAGAGAAAGAAGCCAAUCAGGAUGUAGAUUUCAUGUUUGUGCUUCCAUUUCGAGAGCUGAACUUGAUUCAAGAUGAUCAGUACAGUCUUCACAAACUUCUCCUUGACUUUCAUCCUGAACUUCAAGAUCUAGACGCAAAGAUUUAUGAUGAGUGUAAAAUUGUGUUCAUCUUCGAUGGUCUGGAUGAAAGCAGACUAACCCUGAAUUUUGCAGGCCGUAAAAAAAUUUCUGAUGUGACUGAGACUUCAUCAUUGGGUGUGUUGAUAUCAAACCUGUUCAGAGGAGAUCUGCUUCCCUCCGCUCAAAUCUGGAUCACCUCCAGGCCAGCGGCAGCCAAUCAAAUUCCCUCAAAAUACAUCAACCGUGUGACAGAAAUCCAGGGAUUCAAUGAUCCUCAGAAGGAGGAAUAUUUCAGGAAGAGAAUCAGUGAUGAAGUUCAAGCCAGAAGAAUCAUCUCACACAUUAGAGGAGCGAAAAGUCUUCACAUCAUGUGCCACAUACCCGUCUUCUGCUGGAUCUCAUCUACAGUACUUCAAAACAUCCUGGAACGUGAUCAUGGGGCAGAAAUCCCCAAAACUCUGACUGAAAUGUACAUACACUUCCUUCUUAUUCAGAUGAACAUAAAGAACCAGAAGUAUGAAGAGAAAGAUGAGAAAGAUCCAGAGGUACUCCUGCAGUUAAACAAAGAAGUGCUUGUAAAACUUGCUGAAUUGGCUUUCGGACAGCUAAUGAAGGGUAACGUGAUGUUUUAUGAGGAGGACCUAAAAGAGUGCAGGAUAGAUCUCACCGAGGCCUCUGUGUAUUCUGGGAUCUGCACUGAGAUCUUCAAAGAGGAACCUGUUAUUUUUCAGAGGAGAGUUUAUUGCUUCGUACAUCUGAGCUUUCAGGAGUUUUUUGCUGCAUGUUUUGUGUUUUUCUCCUAUUUAAAGAAGGACUCUGAGGUUAUGAAAAUGUUUCUGAGAGGAAAGUACAAAACUAGAUGUAAGAACGUUCCCCUGGAUGUGUUUCUGAACGGAGCAGUAAAUAAAGCCUCAAAUAGUAAAAACGGACACCUGGAUCUUUUCCUCCGAUUUCUUCUGGGCAUCUCACUGGAGUCCAAUCAGAGACUUUUACGGGGUCUGCUGACACGCAUGGAGAAAAGCUCCAAAAGCCUUGAAAAAGUGAUUCAAAACCUCAAACAUGUUAAAAAAAAAAAUGUCAGCCCUGAAAGAUGGAUAAAUCUGUCGCAAUGUUUGCUUGAAAUGAAGGACGAUUCUGUUUCGGAAGAAAUUUUGAGUUUUUUACAGUCCAGCGUGAAUAAAAACCUCUCUCUUGCACAAUGUUCAACCUUGGCAAAUAUGAUCCAGUUGUCAGAGAAGGGGCUGGAUGAGCUUGACCUUACAAAGUUCAAGAUAAGAUCUGUGGAUGGUCGUGAGAGGCUCAUACCUGCUGUGUGGAACUGCAGAAAAGCUAUAUUUCGGAGCUGUCAGUUUUCUAUCAGGUGUUGUGAAGACUUCAGAUCGGCUUUACAAUCAUUCAACUCUUCACUGAGAGAGCUGGACCUGAGUGACAAUGACCUGCAGGAUUCAGGAGUCAGGCUCAUCUCUGAUGGACUGAAGAGUUCAAACUGUCAGCUGGAGAUAUUGAGACUUUCUGGCUGUAUGGUGACAGAUGAAGGUUGCCUUUAUCUGGCUUCAGCUCUGACUUCAAACCCAUCACACCUGAGAGAGUUGGAUCUUAGCUACAAUCACCUCGAAGACUUAGGGCAUAAACUGCUCUUUGAUAGACUGAAUGAUCCAAACUGCAAACUCAAGUAUGCCGAUUUCAAUUCGAUUCAGGAUAUAUUGAUCAAUUUAUCAAUAUUAAGGCAGUGUCCGACAGCAGAUACAAAGUUAUCUGAAUUUGUUUCUCACUGCUUUGUUGUUGCAUUUCAAUCUGACGUAUACACUGUCAGAAAUAAAGGUACUAAACUGUACCUUUUUUUGUCACUGGGCCUGUACCCUUUCAAAAAGUACAACUUUGCACAUAAGGAUUUCAUUUAAGU